AAAGGUCACACGUGUUGUAUACGAAUGUUGUCACGCUGGUGUUUUAUCCGAAAUAGAACAGGACGACAGCUUCUAAACAGAAAUGGCCAAAUCCAAGAAGAACAGGAAUGGAAUGGCAGACAAAGUCCGGAAUACAAAGUCAAACAGUGGGAAGAAAACUAAUCCUUUUGAAAUAAGGAUAAAUAAACAAAAGCAUGUUGUCUUAGGUCGUAAAACUAAACAUGAUAAAGGAUUACCAGGAUUAGCCAGAUCAAAAGCUUUGGCUAAGAGGAAAGACACUCUACUAAAUGAAUAUAAGCAAAGACAUAAAUCAAAUAAAUUAGUAGACAGAAGACUUGGUGAAGGGGAUGUACUCCUAACUCCAGAGGAAAAAAUAAUGCAGAGAUUUGCAUUUGAAAAGCAGAAACACCAUGAGAAAGCAUCAGUUUACAACCUCAAUGACGAUGAAGAACUGACUCAUUAUGGCCAGUCCUUAGCACAUAUUGAGAAAUUUGAGAAUCCUCUUGAAAGUGAUGAUGAAGAUGAUGAAGAAAUGGGCAGACUUGAUGCUACAUACGUUGCUGAGGAACAUUUUGGUGGAUUUCUUACCAGAAAGAAAGAUGACAACAAGGACAAUUCAAUGAAAAGUAGGAAGGAGUUAUUAGAAGAAAGAAUAGCAAUAUCUAAAAAAGAAAAGUAUGAACGAAAAACUGAAAAAGAAGAAACAAUUGAACUCCGUGAGAAGUUAGACAGCGAUUGGAAGGAAAUCAGUGGACUGUUAGCUGGUUCCAAGAGGAAUCGAAAAGAGGAAGCCCUAAUACGAAAAUCUGAAGUAGACGAAUAUGAUAUGGCUGUACGAGAACUGAAGUAUGAAAGGAAAGCCAAGGCAUCAGACAGGUUAAAAACUGCUGACGAAUUGGCGAGAGAUGAAAGAGAACGAUUAGAGAAACUUGAAGCAGAUAGACAGAGAAGAAUGAAAGGAAUUUCUGAAGAAGAAGAACCUGAUAAACCUGAACAUAUAUCAGCUGAUGCACUGGAGGACAAUGUGGCAUUGCCAAGAAAAGAGAAGUUCCAUCUCAGCUACAAGGAAGGAAAACUACUUCUACCUGCAGGAGUUGACUCAUUGUAUUCUUUAGCCAAUGUUUCCAAAAAUAACAAGGAUGUGAGUGGCGAAGAAAACGAAAGUGUUGAUGAGGAAGAAGAGAAUGACAAAUUUGUUUGUAAUGAUGAUUCUGCUGCUGAUGAUGAUGAUGAUGAGGAGGAGGAGGAGAAUGCAGCAGAGGAUGACAGUGAUGGAGAAGACAGUGGUGCUGAUAUAGAAUCUGAUGAAAGUAGUGAUAUUGAUGAUGAUGAUGAUGGAACAUCUCAAGUUAUAAAGGAAGAAGAUGAAAAGAAUAAAUUAAAAAUGAUUAGAGAAGCAAAGAAGGAACUUCCAUAUACAUUUGAAGCUCCAGACAGUUAUGAUGAACUGGUUGCCAUAAUUGGAGGACAUAGCACAAACAAUCAACUUCUAAUCAUAGAACGUAUCCGCAAAUGUCAUCACCCAAGUCUGGCUGAAGGCAACUCAGAAAAACUAGAAAGGCUCUUUGCUCUUCUUCUUGAAUAUCUUGGGGAUUUAGCUUGUGAAAGACCCCCUAAGAUGGGUCUAAUUGAUAAGCUUAUUAGGCAUUUGUAUGAGUUGUGUCAGAACUCACCUAUAAAAGCUGCUGAGACUAUGCAAGCAAGCAUUGUGGAACGCUAUGAAGAAUUUGAUGAUCUGUGUGAAAAGAAAAACAAGCGAAAAUACCCUGGAUUGGACAUGCUACUGUAUUUCAAGUUGGUUUCCAUCCUUUUCCCGACAUCUGAUUUUCGUCACUCUGUUGUCACGCCAACAGUCUUAUUUAUGAGUCAAGUAUUGACACAUUGUCAGCCGACAUGUUGCCAUGACGUUGCUGUUGGUUUGUUUGUUUGCAAUCUGUUCUUCCAGUAUGUGUCACUAUCUAAAAGAUAUGUCCCAGAGGUUGUCAACUAUCUGUAUGGCGUACUAUUUUUAUCAGUUCAGAAGUCGAACAGUAAACUCUAUCCAGUUAUACCUCCAUUUAAACCAUUUAGUAAAUACUCACAUAUACUUGUACUUGAGGACACAGAAAAGACAAGCCAAAAAGAUGUUGCCAGAAUCAGCUUGUCUGAUAUGUUUGCAGACAACAGUCAAGAUAAUUGUAACUCUGAUUCAUUUCGUGUCAGUAUUAUGAAUACAUGUCUGAGUCUUAUACAUGAGUUUGCUGAGCUUUAUCAAGACCUGCCAUGUUACAAGGAAAUAUUUACAUUCAUUUUAUCAAUUCUCAGUGAAUUAGAGGUUGACAAAUAUUUAGACCAAAUAAAGAACAAAGUAACAAAUUUACAGUCAUUAUUAUCAAACCAAGACAAGAAAUCGCGAGAUUUUCUAAGAAGAGAAAAGAAAAAACCACAGUCUAUUAAAUUAUAUGAACCCAAAAUUAUAGAAGAUUAUAAUUUAGACACAAAAAGAAAAGCACAAAGCAGAACACAAAAUGAAAAACAGAAACUUAUCAGCAAACACAGAAGAGAGAUGAAAGGAGCAAUAAGAGAAAUUCGAAAGGAUACACAGUUCUUAGCAAGACAGAAAAUAGAAGAACAGCUUGAAAGAGAUGUUGAAAGAAAAAGAAAAGUAAAAGAACUUUAUCAGAUGCUGGGAACACAAGAAGGGGACUUCAAUGCUUUGAAACGAAAGAAGAUAAAAUUCUGAAUGUCUUUAUGCUCAUUGGUCAACUUUAUAUUGAAAAAGACCUUUUAAAUAAAGUACUUCAAACUUU